AUUGCUUACUGUAUAGCGUGUAUUUUGCACUGUUUGUGUGGUUGUGAGUAUCUUUAGAGAAAAUAUUCUAACAUCUAUCACAACAAUUCACACGUUCAGCACACUUUCAUUAAGGAAUUUAAAAUAGUGAAGCAGAAAUUACGCGAUUAAAAUGUUAAGUUUAGUUGAUUUUAAAAAAAGAGGAAGUUUCAGUUUUUAAAAAGCGUUGGAAAGCGAAUCUUCUGUUAUUCUCCGUGGUGUUGUCCCAUUGGUCCGUUUGGUGCGCUGACGUCAGCGGGGGUGUGGGGUUUGUAGUCUUUCAACCCCUCCCUGAACCGUUGAUAGCAGCGCUGAGCGCGCCGGCGGAGAACUACAGCGCGUCGCAUGUGGGCGUGUCUGUGGACGACGUGUCUUUGUUUGGAGGCGGGGCGGCGCGGCUGAAUUUGCACGCGGUAGUUGGUGGAGUUUGACAGCUCAUCUCUAUCGCUGACCCGCACUGACCGCUCUGAUGACCGCUGAACUCGGUUCGGUUCGGUGAGGAUGAUGUGUGGACACAGAUGCGCUGUUCUGGAGGCGUCUCUGUUCGCGCUGGGACUUUUUGGACUUUUGCUUUCAGAGCAGUUGACAGGUGUGCUGGACGACUGCUUCUGUGACAUCGAGAGCAUCGACGUCUUCAACAACUUCAAGAUUUACCCUCUGGUUCGGAAGCUCAGCGAGAGAGACUUUUUCCGAUACUACAAGGUGAACCUGAAGCGUCCGUGUCCGUUCUGGCCCGAUGACGGCCAUUGCUCCAUCAGAGACUGUCACGUAGAGCCGUGUCCAGAGAGUAAAGUUCCUGUGGGAAUUAAAUCCGGCAACUAUAACAAGUUCUCUCAGGCCGCCGGCAGCGACAUGCAUGAGUGUGAACAGGCCCAUGACCUGGGUGCCAUCAACAGCACACUGAGUAAUCAGAGUAAGGAAGCGUUCGCAGACUGGGCUCAUCACGACGACGCUCAGGAUCAUUUCUGCGGGUUAGACGAUGAGAUGUCUCCUGAGGCCGAGUAUGUGGAUCUGCUGCUGAACCCGGAGCGAUACACCGGAUAUAAAGGCCCGUCCGCCUGGAGAGUCUGGAACAGCAUCUAUGAGGAGAACUGCUUCAAGCCGAGAUCGGUGUAUCGUCCUCUCAACCCUUUGGCUCCGACUCGAGGUGAUGAUGAUGGUGAAGGAUUCUACAAAUGGCUGGAAGGUCUGUGUCUGGAGAAGCGUGUUUUCUACCGUCUGAUCUCCGGCCUCCACAGCAGCAUCAACAUCCACCUGUGCGCCGAAUACCUGCUGGACGAGGGCUGGGGGAAGUCCAUCUGGGGUCCAAACGUGCAGGAGUUCCGGCAGCGCUUCGACCCGGCGGAGACCAAGGGCGAGGGCACGCGCCGGCUGAAGAACCUGUACUUCCUGUACCUGAUCGAGCUGCGCGCGCUCUCUAAAGUGGCUCCGUACUUCGAGCGCUCCUUCAUCAACCUGUACACGGGAAACUCAGAGGAGGAUUCGCUGACCAAAGAGCUGCUGCUGCACAUCCUCAACGAGACCAAAGCGUUCCCCAUGCACUUUGACGAGAGCUCCAUGUUUGCUGGCCAUAAAAUGGAGGCGAAAACACUGAAGGAGGAGUUCAGGCUUCACUUCAAGAACAUCUCUCGGAUCAUGGACUGCGUCGGCUGCAGUAAAUGCCGACUGUGGGGAAAGUUACAGACUCAGGGUCUGGGAACGGCCCUCAGAAUCUUGUUCUCGGAGAAGGAAAUAAAUAAUCUUCCAGAAAACAGUCCGUCCAUUGGCUUCCAGCUCACGCGUCAGGAGAUCGUGGCUCUGCUCAACGGAUUCUCCAGACUUUCCACGAGUAUAAAGGAAUUGCACAACUUCCGGACUCUUCUGAAGGAUCAUAGGUAACACUCCUCCAGGCCACCAGGUGGCACCAGCCCAGUGGACUCUGCAAUAGUCUUAUCCAGCCCAGAAUAAGGCCCGUCUCAGGGACUGCAGGAUUGGCGUCCAGCAGAACCCUUCCUCUAGAUCCGAUCUCAAACCUCCUGCUCUGCUUCAGUGCGUCGAGAAUCACGCGAGAUCUCUGCUUCCAGCUCCAAAAAUACUUCACGCUUUCGUCUCUGCAUGUUCAAGCGGACUGUGGUUUUCUACUUCCUCGUCUUUUCUCUGUCAGAUCCGACUGCGGUUCGCUGCAGUUCUUCCUGUCGUUCUCUUUGGUUUGUGUGUCUGUUCCUGCUGACUACUGUCACUUCAUCACUGCUGAAUCUGUUAGUGAUCCAGUGAACAAGAACAUGUCCAGGUCACAUUUGACCUCAAAAUCAUACAUCUAUAAAUAGGAAAAUGAAACCUUUGAGGUGAAAUAUGACCUUGAUCAGUUCUUGCCUGUUUGUGUGGGUAUUUUUCCAUGAAUGUGUGCGUCUUGUGAAGUCAUUCCUCGUCUGAAGUGAAGACUUCUGGUUCAUAGGACCAUAGAAAUUAAUUUUAUAAGCUUGAAAGAAGGAAAUGUAGCUGAUUGUUACACAUUUAAGCAACCGAUAACAAGCAAUAAUGUUCAGAUUCAUCCUCCACAGACAGAGAAGAAACAGAAGAAGGAAAGAAAAACAUAUUAAAUUAUUUUAUUAGAUGAGUGAAAACUGUCAAGUAUAUCUCAGCCCAAAAUUAAAAAGCAAAAAAGCAAAUUAUAUUUUUGUAAUUAUCUCUAAUUAUAAAAAUAUAAUCAAUGUGAAAUUCACUCAUUUUGUUCCACGUCUGGAUGAUUAUAUUUAUAGUUCAGCGUCUCUCGCCUGGUUUAGCUUCAUAUCUUUGAACACUUGAAAGAGCUGCAGACGUCACGUCCUUCUGUCGCUGUUAAAUAUAGCUGAUCAACCAGCGCAGGAUUCAUCUGAUGCUGAAGAUCCAGAGAUUUCAGCUGAAGCUUUUGUCUUUUUCAUGGUCUGUUAAUUCUGGAGGAGUGAUUUACUGUACACAGAUGAAGUUUAGAUGAAGAGCAGCUAUAUGUGUGUUUGAGUGUGUGAGUGUGAGUGUGUGUGUGUGUGUGUGUGAGAGUGUGUGUGUGAGCGCUGCAUGCUCUCAGCAGCUCCAGAUCAUUCAGCGUGAUCCUCUUGUCUGCCUUAAUAUUUCUGAACAACAGUAUGAUACUGUAAAUAUGGCUCGUCGUGACGCUCCUCUGCCUUUCUGACUUGAUUUUGAACAUUUUCACGCUGUGAUUAGAAGAUGACGAUGCUCCUGUACUGUGUGUUUGUGUCAGGAAUAUUUAUUAAACAGGAAUAAAUUGAUCUGGUUGCCUCUCA